UCGGCUUUUAUUUCAACGCCAAAUACAAAGAUGAGUGCAAAGAUAUCACAUGCUCGACGCACGGACGUUCAGUCUGCUGUGAACCACGCAAGAUCAACGAUUCUUUCACCAAAGCCAUCAGCAGAUAUUUCUGUCAUAACAGAAAAUUGUGACAGUCCAAGUGAAGGCGUGAAAAAAGCUCGCAAACGACCAUCAAGCUUUCAAAUAAGUCUAGAAGCACCGCCAAAAAAUUUCUUUACAACUGCUGCUACUGAAGAUAUUAAAGAACCAGUUAUGCCUUCUUUGACACGAACAUGCUCAUCAACCCUUCCUAGGAUCAAACGGUUGAAUUUCCAACGGUUUAAAGUGUCGUCAGCACAAGCGGCCACGGCGUCUCGUCUGAAUAUAUCUCGAGCAGACAUCACACCGAUGUCGACCCUGAUUUGUUGUGAACCUGUCGCGGCGGCGCGGCCGCGUGACAAUUUGAAGUUAGCAUUAAACCGCAGUUUAAGUGAACCAGGCCCACCAUCAGAUCAUCAUCGAUUUUUUAUACCAACACCAACAUCACCAACGUUAUCAUCAAUUUCCACUAGCACCGAAAGUAGUGCCCAAGAUACAUCAUCCACUAGUGCAAGUGGUGGUAGUACAAAUUCAAUAGAUCUAGGUGAUGAUACAUUGUCUGAAUCAUUUCAUCAUCAUCUCCAUCAUAUCCAGCAUCUUCGUGGUGUCAUUACCGGUGCUUUAUCUUGUGGUUCUCCAAAACGAAGCAAACUGGAGACCACUAGUCUGCCUGCCAGUCCAAAUUCUGAGACUUCCGGUCUCCAACGUCAACUUAUUUUAAAUCACUCACGGACUAUUGACCCGGAUCAAUUGGCCCAUCGCAUUCGUCAGCAACCUGAUAGCUUAGUCCUACUAGACUGCCGGCCUUUUAUUGUUUACAAUGUUAAUCAUAUACGUGGCGCUAUUAAUGUCAAUUGUUCUGAUCGUUUUAAUCGACGACGUCUUGCACUUGGAAAAGCUAAACUUGCUGAUCUCGUUACCGCCAGGGAAGGAAAAGAUAUCUUGAAACGUAAAAACUACACGGAAGUUGUUCUUUAUGAUGAUUGUACUACUGAUCUAGAACACUUACCAACACAACAUCCACUUUUUCUUGUUCUUACGGCACUUGUUGAAGAUGAUAAAGAGCCAGCUUUACUUCUUGGAGGACACAAAGAAUUUCAAAGGCGGCACCGAGAUCUUUGUGAGGAUACAUUACUUCCAAGUGGUAAUUCUGAGUCAACAACCUCUGGACUUAAUUCUCCAAGUGGAUGUAUGAGUCCUGGACCAGGAUGUCCAGUUAUGCAUAUGGGACCUCCAACACCACAACCAGCUGAUAUUGAUAAUCAUCCAGCAUCAAAGGUUUUACCUUUUCUCUAUCUCGGUAAUGGUAGAGAUGCUGCUGAUCUUCAAUUACUUCAAGCACUUGGUGCCACUAGAGUACUCAAUGUCACAUCACAGUUACCUGGUUAUCACGAAUCAAGAGGAAUCACUUACAGACAAAUACCUGCCACAGAUUCUGGUCAUCAGAAUCUUAAACAAUACUUUGAAGAAGCUUUCGAUUUUAUUGAAGAAGCAAGGAAAGCUGGAAGCAGUGUAUUGGUUCAUUGUCAAGCUGGAGUAUCAAGAAGCGCCACAAUAGCAAUAGCUUAUAUAAUGCGACACAAGGGGUUGUCGAUGGUGGAUGCUUACAAACUUGUCAAGAAUGCACGUCCAAUAAUUAGUCCGAAUUUAAACUUUAUGGGUCAAUUGUUGGAAUUGGAGCAAGGUUUAAAGGCAGCUAGCAAUGAAGUUGAGUCACAAGAGGAACCGAAAAAUUGCCAUACAUGUCUGUGGAGUCAUCCGCAACAGAACAAUGAAGAAGUCACGUCUGGGUGUAGUGUCUAAAGAAAAAAAAGCCGUUCAUUUUGAAUGCAUGUAAAUAUUAAUUUAUCACGAAAAAAAAAGAAACGAUAAAUAUUGAUUUAAAAAUCAUCACCAAUGCAAAUAGUACAUAUCUAAGGUGUCUUUAAUGAAAAAUUUUAAAAAAAAUCUCUCGUUAUACUCGAUAUGUGCCUUUGUCAGUGAACCUCGCAAUAUAUAAAAAGGCUGAUGCAUAAAAUCUUGUAUAAAUUAAUCAUAAAUUAAGACUGCGAGGUUUAGACGAGGAUCAAUCGAAUGCACAAGACUAUAAAAAUAUAUAAUGAAUAAAUGAGAGUUUUUAAGAAACGUUGUACUUAGGUAAUUUGUUUUUAAAAGAUAAAAGAUAAAAAAAAA